AUGGAUGUAUCUUCAUCCUCGUUGCAGUAUGGAUCAAAAAAGAGGGUAAAGAUUCACCCGAACACAGUGACAGUGAAAUAUGCCACUCACUGCCCCCAGCCUGGCGAUGAAGGAUAUGAUGACGCACCCUCUUUUGAGGAGUUUGGCGCCUUCGCCGAGGCUAAUGUGGGAAAGAGACUGGUGUCGGACAGCAAAGGUAGCAGGACUUUGUUUGGAACCUUGGAGACCCAGCCUAAGCAGCCGAGUGUGCAAAAAGACAAGGGGGUUGGGGGCCAGCUGGCCAGCUUCGGAGAGGCGAAUGUGCUGGCCUCCAGGGUGACCUGGAUGGCCUUGUUUGGGGCAGCAGUGGCUCAUGGUUGUGUGGCACUCAUUACUCGUUUAGCAGCUGACCGCUCUAAAGUGCCCUCCCUCGAGCUUCUCUUCAUCCGCUCCGUCAUCCAGGUGCUGUCUAUCCUGGUGGUCUUCUACUACCACGAGGCCCCUUUUGGCCCUAAGGGCUACCGGCUGCGUCUCUUCCUCUACGGUGUGUGCAAUGUGAUCUCUAUCACCUGCGCUUACACCUCUUUUGCUAUCGUACCACCCAGUAAUGGCACCCUCAUGUGGCGUGCCUCUACCACAGUCUUCAGUGCAAUACUGGCCUUCCUGUUGCUGGAUGAGAGGCUGGGCUACACAGAUGUGGUCACAGUGGUGGGAAGCGUGUUCGGUCUAUGCCUGGUCAUGGUGCCCAAUGUGGCAGACGAGGAGAAGUCCAGGCUGGGGUUUUGGAAGGAGGCCUUUGGCUACACAAUGACAGUGAUGGCUGGAUUGACCGCCGCCCUCUCCAUGAUCGUCUAUCGAGCCAUUAAGGAGCGGGUCAGCAUGUGGACGGCACUCUUUACCUUCGGCUGGACGGGCACGGUGUGGGGUGCCUCCACCAUGUUUGUCAUGCAGCAGCCCAUCAUUCCUCUGGAUGGAGAGACCUGGGGCUAUUUAAUUGGGAUCUGCAUCUGCUCCACCGUGGCGUUCCUCGGAGUCUACUACGCUCUAAACAAGUUUCAUCCAGCCUUAGUUAGUACAGUGCAGCACCUAGAGAUCGUGGUGGCCAUGUUCCUCCAGCUCAUUGUUCUGAGGAUGAUCCCGUCUGUCUACGACAUCAUCGGAGGCCUGGUCAUCAUGGUCAGCGUGUUCACCCUGACGGGAGUGAAGCUGUACAGGGUGAGCAGGGCCAUUCGGCAGGAUUAUCAAGAGAUCCUAGACUCACCCAUCAAAUGA